UAACAACUCAUUCAUUACAUUUCGUUCGCGCUCGCACCCGGGGAAGGCCGCAACCGGCAACCCCGCCACCGGCAAAGCACCCACCCACCAGCGUCCAGGGCAGCAUCUAAAGACAGAGCCUCACCGUGGCGAAAGAACAACAAAGGACCUGGAGUAGAGCUGUGGACUGAGCCGAGCUAGCUAGCCACCGAUGGGGCUCCACCUGCUGGUGGCGUUCGCGGCGGCGAGGGGCUUCGCGCAGGUGCUCCACGUCUCGGUGCGGUUGCUGUGGCCGCUCAACACCUGGCUGCCGCUCGCCUGCCACAUGCCAGAGGCCUGCGCAGUCGUCUGCGGCGCGCUCGCCGCCCACCUCGCCUGGCUGCGCCGCGCCUACGCGCGCGGCGGCACCGUCUGGGGCCUCCGAAGCCGCGACGACUACGACGUCCUCCGCCAGGCGCUGCUGGACGUCUUCUACUGACCGAGUGCAGGCAGAGCGCCGCCCGGUGGUGGCGCUCGCUGCUUCCAUUGCUGUGGCGUAGGAAAUUCAUGGUUUAGACGCUGUUUCAGCUUAUUCUAUUGGUUUCUUGUUCACUUGUAUUUACCGAGAUGCGUGGUUUAUAAAUAAUCUGCAAUUGUAAAACUGAUCUGUAAAAAGAGAUGAAUUCUGCUAGAACUGGCGGGUCCUCUGUUUCGGGAUGCUGCAAUCAGCGAUUUCUUCUUAUGAGAUUAUAUUUUUUUUUCUUCUAAAGAUUAAUUCGCGACAGAGUUGUGGGCUUGGA